UAGGACCCUGUCGGUCGACAAGCCUUUUCCCGAAACCGAAAAAUCGCUAUCUUGCUUGAAUGAAGACCAUUUCGACUGGAAUAGUUUGGAUGUUUUGCUGUAGUGUUGGACCUGUGUGAGUGACACAGCUCCAUCGUCUCCGUCUUUAGGACGAUAGAGACUCAGGCAUAACACACAAUAUUGCAAACAUGGACGUUUUACCGAGUGGAAAUAUAUUUCGGGAAUUACAAGUUGUCCAUGAUACCGGGUACUUUUCGGCUCAGCCGUCUCUCGAGGACCGAUGGCAACAGAACUGCCUUGAAAUGGAGCGUUACCUCAAAAGUGAGCCAAAACUGACCUCCUUCAAAAAAAUCAGCAAGGGUUCGGGGAUUCCCUGGGAAGGAUGUUACCCUGCCAACGCUCUUUCCGGAUCUUCGCCACCGGACAAAUUCCUUAGCCCAAACAAUAUAAAAAUUGAAUACAAGGACGAUGAGGAUGAGUCUGAGAUCCCAGAACCUCUGUACCAACAAGAGGAAGAUGAUGAAAAUGACGACGAUGAAGAUGAUGACGAUGAGGAUUAUGAUGAAGAUGAAACUGAAGCUAAAUUGGAAGAAUUAGCAGCACAUUUGAAUUUGAAUGAUCAGCCUUCUGACACAAUUAGCUUGCACAGUUUUAGUUCAUCGUCCAGUGGUGUAUCGUGGGAUAGCAACAAUGCUGAUCCCCCUUUGUCUCCCAUAAUGCCAAAAUCAAAUGACCCUUUUGCUCUUAGACUUGUUGCUCAACCUGGUCGUACAACCACAGUGGCUGUAAGGCUGAACUCCGCGGAGAUGAUAAAUCGUCACCAGCGCAUCGCAUAUGUGGCUGGUCCUAAUGGCCGCAUGCGUCCAUACACUGCGCAACCUCAGCAACGCCCACCGCUACCUGUGAAUGGGCGGAUACGUCCUGAAGUCAGUCCUGACCUCCGACGUAGGAAUCACAAAUGUCCGUACAGUGGCUGUAAAAAAGUCUAUACAAAAAGUUCACAUCUCAAAGCACAUCUACGGACACACACAGGUGAAAAACCAUACAAGUGUACAUGGGAAGGCUGUGAUUGGAGAUUUGCACGUUCUGACGAGCUUACGCGGCAUUAUCGUAAACAUACAGGUUCAAAACCAUUCCGGUGUAAAGUGUGUGAGCGAUGUUUCUCGCGCUCGGACCAUUUAGCAUUACAUAUGAAACGUCACCAAACCGUAGACUUAUAGCACAAGUGACAUCUAGGCUUGUAACUAAGGACACAUCAUGUGACAUCUAGGCUUGUAACAAAGGACACAUCAUGUGCUUUUUAUUGUUUCCAAAUUUGGACAUCCUUAAGCUUUUGGAGGUUGAGAUUCUCUGAUUCAGGAUCAUCUGGAUGUUUGAAUGUACAUUGUCGAGUCACCUUGAUGCUUGAUUUGUAUGUUAACAUUGUGAUACCAUUGAUCCUGUUGUUAGCCAAUCUACAUGACAAUGUUAUAUUUGAUCGUAUUUGUACGUAUACCCAGCACCAUUUUUUCCGUUUUCUAUCAAUGCUGUAAAAGUCCCUAUUGUAGCCUUCAGUGGUUUGAAGAACUAUGCAUUUCAUUUGAUGAUUGUUCACCAUUCUCAGAACUAAGUAUUUCAAUAUCUUCAAACAAUUUGCCAAAUAAUUAUGUGUCUAUGAUCACCUACUCUCGUAUGUAUGUAUGAACAAAGGAAGUCGGAUUUCCAACACUUACAAACACAUUUAAUUGUAAUACCUUUUCAAUAAGAGCAAUGGAUCGUAAUGCUCAUUUGAGAUUUAGAUUUCAUACAAUGUUAGUAAGAUUUACAUUCUACCUCGUAAACACCAGUAUCAUUUCAUAAAUACUUAUAACAUUAUGGCAUUGUUACCGACGCAUACAUCAGUUCAGAAAAAUUAGCGAGUCAAGAAAUUUGUCGACAUCAAAUACCAGGCUAUGAUUCCAAUUCUAUUGAUUUUCAUUUCGUCAAUAUUUCGUACAACUUCAUUAGAGGAGAUGAAAUAGCCUGUCAUUAUUUGAUAAGAAUCUUUUUUCUUUUUUUUUUGAAGAAAAUGUCAAGUAAUUAUGAAAUGUAAUAUGUAUGUUACAAAUUUCAAGCACUUGUCGUUCAGCAGAAUGCUGCGAUCAGCCAUUGAAUUGGCAUCAUUUUGUCACAAGGUUUAUUUUUUGUAGCAUCAGCAGGCCAGUUUCUUCAGAAUGUAAAAGAUGUUGCAAAAAAUACCUCAUUUUACUUGACACUGAGCAUAGGAUCUGUAGAAAACUGGUACAAAGAUUAAUUAUGAAUUACUAUAAAUAAUCAGAAAUAUUUGAUACACGCUUAAUUAAUUUGUAUUGUGCGGAUUUGUCCACACAAUCGUGGAUUUGUCCCUAUGUAUGCCUAUCACACAGACACUUACACAAUCGUGGAUUUGUCCACAUGUAGGCCUAUCACACAGACACUUACACAAUCGUGGAUUUGUCCACAUAGGCCUAUCACACAGACACUUACACAAUCGUGGAUUUGUCCACAUAGGCCUAUCACACAGACACUUACACAAUCGUGGAUUUGUCCACAUGUAGGUCUAUCACACAGACACUUACACAAUCGUGGAUUUGUCCCCAUUUAGGCCUAUCACACAGACACUUACACAAUUGGGAUUUGUCCACAUGUAGGUCUAUCACACAGACACUUACACAAUCGUGGAUUUGUCCACAUAGGCCUAUCACACAGACACUUACACAAUCGUGGAUGUGUCCCCAUGUAGGCCUAUCACAUAGACACUUACACAAUCGUGGAUUUGUCCACAUGUAGGCCUAUCACACAGACACUUACACAAUCGUGGAUUUGUCCACAUAGGCCUAUCACACAGACACUUACACAAUCGUGGAUUUGUCCACAUGUAGGCCUAUCACACAGACACUUACACAAUCGUGGAUUUGUCACCAUUUAGGCCUAUCACACAGACACUUGCACAAUCGUGGAUUUGUCCACAUGUAGGCCUAUCACACAGACACUUACACAAUCGUGGAUUUGUCCACAUGUAGGCCUAUCACAUAGACACUUACACAAUCGUGGAUUUGUCCACAUGUAGGCCUAUCACACAGACACUUACACAAUCGUGGAUGUGUCCCCAUGUAGGCCUAUCACACAGACACUUGCACAAUCAAGGAUGUGUCCCCAUGUAGGCCUAUCACAUAGACACUUACACAAUCGUGGAUUUGUCCACAUAGGCCUAUCACACAGACACUUACACAAUCGUGGAUUUGUCCCCAUUUAGGCCUAUCACACAGACACUUACACAAUCGUGGAUUUGUCCGCAUGUAGGCCUAUCACAUAGACACUUACACAAUCUUGGAUUUGUCCACAUAGGUCUAUCACACAGACACUUACACAAUCGUGGAUUUGUCCACAUGUAGGCCUAUCACAUAGACACUUACACAAUCGUGGAUGUGUCCCCAUGUAGGCCUAUCACAUAGACACUUCCAUGAUCAUGGACUUGUCCGCACUAAUCAUGCCAGUUUUAGAAACAGAACAUUUACACGUGUCAGGUAAUCUCUAAAUCUUCAGAUAUCAUACGUAUAUAUUUACAGUAUGGUGAACAUUUUGUCUUUUUUCCAUGCUUUGUUAUGUUAAAAAGUCGCUAACUCGAAUGUUGUCGGAUUUAGACAUCGUUAACUAUAUUUUCUUGUUUCUAAUUUCUAUAUUGUAUCGUUUCAUUAUUUUGUUAUAGUUGUUGAGCCUCAAACUAAUUGGCUUUACUGUCUAAUGAAACAAUUGAAUGUGAUUCUGAGCUCCGUUCCCAUACAUUCUUUGCUAUCAUUAUACUGGAUAUUUCUGAGAAUCGUGUAUUGUUACUUUAUUCAUGACAAUUAUCAGAUAUAUAUUAUUCUAUGUAUAGCAUAUGUCGUACAGAUGUCUUUUAAGUUUGCCUUUGUAUACAUAUGUUCAGUAACUGUGAUAUUGAUUGGUUUAACCACUUAUAUACAUGUAUAGAUAUAUUUAAUUAUAAAUUAUAUAACAUUAUCUUGCCUUAUAUGACUAUAAAUUGUGAUGGCAAUCUUUUCGUGUUUAACUCACCAUGAACAAGUAUUAGUAAACUUUGAAACCAUCGGAUAUCUAUUUAUAGAACCAUCUGCGUAUACAUCUAGAUAGACAGUAACAUUGUUACUAUAGAAAUGUAACAUCGCAUUGUUGUUACUAAAUUGAAACAAAAGUUUCUUGUUCAAUCAUAUUUGCGUCAGAUUCAGUCGAAAAUGUUUUUUGUUGACUUUUACUAUAAAAGAUUGCCCUGCUUUCACAACCAUCAUUAUUGAUUAUUUGUGGCAAAUGUUGACUAGAAUUCAUUUGUUUAAUUCAAUUGUAUACCAUCCAACUUGUAAGCUCAAUUUAACCCAAUAAGCAGUGAAUUCUGGCCAACAGUUUACUUGUAAGUGCUGUACUCAUUGCUAUGUGUGCGUGUGAAGAAAAGAGGACUCCUUUCAAGGUCGUGACCUUUUACACUUCAUCAAUAAUAUUUGAUAUAAUUCUUUUUUUUUAAUUGGAAACUUAUUAAUUUGUAACUGUUAAAUUUAAAGCAUGCUUUAGAAAAUCAGCCAGCCUGGGUUGUUUGCUGUAUCCUGUAACCUUAGUACAGCAGUGAAUAUAUUACAGCCUGUAAGUUGGCGAUAAUUCUUUAUAUUAAUCGGUAGAGAUAGGAAACUGACAUAACAUUACUAACAACGUAAAUUUAUAAUCAUUCAUGUAACGAGGGAAUGAUCAGAUGGUGUUACUAAAAUAUUACAAACAUAACUACUGCGAUGUCGUGAGUAUUAUAACGGAUAGGGAGGUGUCGUUGCCGUUAGUGUCUAGGUGUGUAGCACCAUGUGUACAGCUAAAGAUCACUUCAUUUUCCCAGGUACGCUAUUUCGAAAUUUGAAAGAUUUUGUGAUUGAGAGAUUACUAUUUCAAUAUUGGUAGUGAUUGUCUUUGAAAUACCAUUCGCAAAAAUUUUUAAUUAUUGAAUUAGUUGCCUCGGGAAUUAAGGUGAAAUAUCGCACAGAAGUGAUUUAUAGCUCUGUAGUAUGUGUUUAUAGGGAAUUUUAUAUAAGGUAAACAGUUAUACCCGGGUAUUUGAAUAUAUUUACCUAUAUCUUUUCUCUUUUUAUGAUGCUGUCAAAAUUAUGCCAAAUUGUGUUUUGUUCGUUAAGUCUUUAUAUAAACAAAUAAUUGUCCCAAAAUAUCUCCCGUCACAUUUAUAUAAAAACACAAAAGAAUAUUGUAUUACGUACGUGUCAAACCUCAGCUACACACGAUAUAAGUCACUAACAUAAGACAAUAUUAAUCAAAUUCAGGUGAAGGUCAGCCAAAAGUUUAGUAAAGUGCUCUCACAGAUGAAGGGAGGUAACUCUCUUUCCAAAAGUUGUAUGUACAGUAUGUAAUAUUAAAUCAUAGUCUUAAGUAUGUUUGAAUGGGCAUUAAGAUUUUCUACUCGGUGUAAUUAACCCUCGAUAGACAUAAAACUAAUAUGUAUAAACAUUUUCUACAUGUCUAAGUAUCUUGUAGAACUUAUUUGGUACCAUAUAUAAUCACUUAAUUAUGAUCUAAACCAGUAACUCCUUUAUUUUGUUGUCUCAGGGACGUCAUGACGGUAAAACUGUUAAAGCUUUACCUGUCUGUCUGCCCUGUUAAUUUUCUAAGUGUUCAGAUGAUGUUUUUAAGUUUCCUCUCAGUCUUGAUGGGCCAAAGACUACUACAUUGUUUCUCUGAUGCAACAUCAAUUUAUAUUAAUUUUUGAUAUGCUGGUAUUUUUUUUGGAGUAGAUCUAUAUGUAGGAAUGCAUUUUUUGUUACAAACCAACUCGGACAAAAAUAUUAGCAUUCUAAUUAUAUAUAUAUAUAUACAUACUAAAACAAAUUAUGGUUUCCUUGUGGAAGAAAAUGUAUUGAAAAUAGUAAAAAUCGACAGUCAGUCUGAAGAUCAGAGCUCCCAUAAUGGAGCGAAAGUGCUAAUUCAUGUCUGUCGGUUUUUACUAUUUUCAAUAUAUAUAUAUAUAUGUAACCAAACAGCAACACUAGAUAUAACCUUGCGUUUCUGAUCUGAAAUUACAACUAAGCUUAUUCUUCCAUUGUGAUGGUGACAAGUCUGAACUUCACCUUUCAAAAGCUGUAGCAAAGCUAGUUAAAACAUGGGAUCUAUUUCUGCCAUUCAGAACCUUUCUUCGCUGCUACGAUGUCAUCUGUGAUUUGUUUAUAUGCACGCUUUUACUGACAUUCCAUCCACUCUGUCUUAUUUAACACAAGCUGAAUGCAAGAUGUCUUCGUCCCAUGAAAAUUAUCCUAAAUAUAGGAUGUCAUCAGUCACAAAAACGAUCUGAAAUUAGGAUGUCAUCGUCCCAUUAAAAUGAUCUGAAAUGUAAGAUGUCAUCGUCCCAUUAAAAUGAUCUGAAAUGUAAGAUGUCAUCAUCCCAUUAAAAUGAUCUGAUUUGUAAGAUUGUCAGCGUCCUUUAAAAUUAUGAAUUGUUGUCAGCUUUUUGUGCAAGAUCUGAAAUGUUCAAACAUCAUCCAUGCAUCUGCUUCUAUGUGUUUUGACGCAAACUGAUUUUUUUUUUUUAAUUCAAAGUGAAAAAGUUUAUUAUUUCUUGUGAAAAUCAAGUAAAAUGUUUCUAAAUGUGUAAGUGAAUCAUGUCCUGAAUUGUGAGGGUCGCAUUAUCUGAAUAUUGUAGAUUUGAGAAAAACUUUGGAAGAAUCUUAUCUUAUUUUAUGACAUUUUGAAGGAAGAUUUUUUUUUAAUGAAAAUCUAAAUGAAAAAAAAAAAAAAAAAAUUAGGACUGAAAUUAUAAAUGCUAUCAAUCAAGAGAAUAUAGAGCGCAGUGUAUGUCUCUUGGCUCCCUUAUACAUAUAAUGGGCCUAGGGGAGGUAGUGCCUUUUCUUUUGGAUGCAAAGAUUUUUUUUUUAUAAUUUUCUUCGUAGAAACGGGAGUAUGAGAGGAAUACAUGGUUUGGGAUGUGUGCAAUUAUAUUUGAAAAGUUCGUAUGAAUGUCAGAUUUUCUAGUAUCUGACUUAAAAAACAUGUUGAGGGGCCUGCUAGCCAAGACUGACAAUGUUAUCAGUGUCGGACAACUCUGUUUAAGAUAGGAGUGUGUUAGAACUGACUGAUAGUUGACAGACUUCGUUGUCAACUUCUGGUUCUGACCAUUAACCACACAGACAUAAAGUAGGUCACCUCAGCCUCAAUUUCACUAGUGUGACGAAUGUAUGGAAGACAAUGGUAUUCAAAAUGAUAUAAUCAGUUUCUAUAUUAUUUACUGAUUUUUGAGAAUGUGUAUACAUAGGUCUAUUGACUAUUGUAGUGCAUGUUUAUAUUGACUUUUGUUUGUAUAUAUAGGAUAAUGUUUGUGUAUAAAUACUAUUCACAAAAAGACUAUUGAAAAAUAUAUAUAUUUACAACUAU